AUGCGGCGCGUGUUGUUGGACGCGCUAAUGGUCGGCUGGGGGAUCGGCACGUGGCUCGGAGUCAGCGGCCUUUUCGUGCAGCUCCCAUUACUCGUGGACCGCUUACCCGAGGGCUGGGCACUCGCCUCGUCCAUGGUGUUGGUGAUACAGCUAGCAAACGUCGGCAUCAUUGUAUACGCCAUUCUUAGCAGGUUACUGCCCAGAAUAUCCGAAGGGGUGUACAUAUACGGUCUCCUCGCGAUAGGAACACUCGCUUUGGUUCUUAACGCAUUCCUGUACGAUACGAUAAAUGUGAUCGGUGGCUCUGAGCGCUCGGCCGCGUUCUUAGCGUUGACGUUUUUCGCGGCGCUGGUGGGCUGCACCAGCUCAGUGCUGUUCUAUCCAUACUUAAGACACUUUCUUGAUAUAUACCUCGCGACGUACUUAGUGGGGGAGGGGCUCAGUGGCUUCAUUCCAAGUAUACUGGCGCUAAUCCAAGGCGUGGGUGGAGAACCGGAAUGUACACCUUCAGCAGAUAAUUCAACCAUAGAGGCGCAUUUCCCGUCACCCCGGUUUGAUACUAUGGUGUUUUUAUUACUUCUUGGACUGUUGUCUGCGAUCAGCUUGAUCAGUUUCAUCAUUAUUAAUAACUAUGGAGGGUUUAACAACCAGAGAGUAGAUUUGGUGGCAGAAGACAAGACUGAAGAGAAGGUUCCAGAAGAAAAGACGAUUCUAGCAACAAGUUGGUUCGGUGUGUUGGGUCUGAUGAUGGUGUUGAAUGCGCUCAUCAACGGCGUGAUGCCGUCAGUGCAGUCAUACUCGUCGAGGCCCUACGGUACGCGUGCUCACCACUUGGCCACGACUCUGGGUGCCAUGGCUAACCCGACCGCAUGCAUGGCCGGCAUAUGGCUGCGGCCCAUGCCCUUGCCAGCUCUCGCAGCAAUGCUCUCCAUCACCAUUGCACCGCUGUGCUUUAUUUUGGCCACAGCGCUCCUCAGUCCCUUCCCACCACUGUUUGACAGCGCUGGUGGAGAAGUAUUAAUUGUGCUGUGCUGGAUCCUGGUCACUGGCGUGAUAUCUUACACACGUAUGUGGGUGUACGGGUGGGCGAGGAAAGGGGGCGCCAAGGGGAUGCGCGCCUGCGGAGCGGUGACCCAGCUAGGGUCUUUGCUGGGCUCCGUAGUAAUGUACUGCCUAGUCAAUUUCACGAACCUGUUCGUUCAGGGCUCAGCUUGUAGCCCACCCAGUUCCUAUCUUCAUUCGACGUACUAA